UAUAUAUAUGUUUCUUCUAUCUCCGGUUUUGAAUAGAUUCCUGAACCUGCGUGGGUCAUCAAUCGAAUUCAGAGCGACGUGAUGCCGGGAUCCACGGGAUUCACUGGAUGUCUCGACUGGUCGUGUCAGCACGGAAGAAAAGGGCGCCCGGCACCCCGAAACAGCCCGUGGUUCUGAAUAACAGCGCCAACCCGACCUUGGCGCAGAGACACCCUCAAACCAUCUCAAACUAUAAACUUCACCAAAAACUAAACUCCAAGUGGUUGACAGUCCUUGGGUUCUGCAAACCAUUAACCAAGUACUGGAACUAGACUUUUGGCCUACUUCAUGUGCUGUAGUUGUACCCCCGCGGGCUAGCACUGUCUUUGGAUGAAUUGACGACAAUUUGCUCAUGGCGGGGCUUACACCCUAUGCGCUGCAAGUAGCCUUCCCCCAAAUAAGAAGCCUGAAAGUCCUGAAAAGGCCUUCAUGUGCUCACAGCAGCUGCAGAUUCUGCACGUGAACGGAAAUGCGAGGAUCGCUGCCAGCUCAACUGACACAGCGGCCAGCCUGAACGUGCGAGUGCAGAGGGCCACGGGGGACGUCACAGGCAGCGGGCCCCCGUUCUGCUUAUGUCACGCAGAAGGCGAUACUUUGACACUGCUAGAUGAAAGCCAGUCACUUGCAGCCCUCGGCAUUCGAGACGGUGCCAGGCUUUUUGCUCGAAGACCGCACCAUGCGAAGACCACCACCUUUGAAGCAAUCUACCAGACCACAGAGCCUGGUUUCCUUCAACCUCGUCUUGCGAACUCUUGAGUAGCGAAAAGACUGAGAGAUCUCCG